AUGCUUCCGUCGUUCAUGGUCAAGCUAUUUUGGAAAAGGAUAGAAGAGGUGGCGGAGGGAGUAGGAGUAGGAGGGGGUGCCGAACAUAAGGGAGGAGGCGAGGGGACGGCGCGCGUCUUGCUUGAGUACAGCUACGAGGAGGAGGAGAAGAUCGAGGAGGAUACAUCGAGGCAAGCUCAGCACGGGGUGAGCGGCCCGGGCGGCAAUGCGAACGAGCAGGAGGGCUCGAGCUCGGAAUCGAGCUCGAGCUCGAGCUCGAGCGAUGAGUCAGUCGAGCAUGACGGCGCAGGCGCAGGAGAACAUCCAGGUGGGACGGAGCGUACGGAGGAGCACGGAGUGGCGCUCGGGGAGCGGGUGGAUGAGCGGGUGAAGCAUAUCGGGCAGCAGGCGACGGGGGACGAUGGGGCUGUCGAGGAGCAGGAGGGCGGAGCAGCUGCGCAAGAGGGUGGGGCAGGAGUGCAGCAGCAGGAGGGCGGGGCGGCUGCGCAGGAGGGUGGGGUCGGAGGGCAGCAACAGGAGGGUGUGGCGGCAGCGCAAGAGGGUGGGGCGGGAGGGCAGGAGCAGGAGGGUGGGGAGGCUGCGCAUGAGCGACAGGUUGCAUGCGGCGACGCCGUAAACGGUGUCACGGAGGAGAGGAAGCUGUUGGAAGGGACGCGCACGAAGCUCGACGAGAUGAGCGUGAAAAUCAUCGAGGGGGUGGCAGCCGCUUUCACAAAAGCGAGCGACGAUGCCGUCGAGAAGCAGAUCAAGCUUGUUGAGGAGUGGCUGGUUGCUUCAGUCAUGAAAGGUCUUGAGAAAGCCGUCAAGGAGGACUUGUUCUACUCCACCCUCCCACCCAAGAGCAUGAAGGAGCUGAAGGACGUUGUGAGAGAAGGCUACCAAGGAGCUAAAGCUGGCAGAUUGGAAGUCCUCACCGAAGCAAUGUCGAGAGGGUUUCGGGGCUCGGCGGGCCCGUCAGCGAGGUUGCGUCACAAGGAGGGGGUGGCUGGUGUUCGCAACGGGGUUGAGCGUCGAGUUCAUGAGUGCUCGGUUCCUCCUUCUUCUUCGGUGGGAGGAAAUAUCGGCAGCCCGGUAGCAUCUCCACCGUCGCGUGCCCGUCAGACCGUCGGCAAGUCUGUCGAGGACAAGGAGGUCAUCGUACUCGACCAAUCGCCCCUUCAGAAGACCUUUGAAGCGGCACCGAAGCCUCCGCCUGAUGCUUUUGCUCCGCUGCGGGACAUCCUGCAGGGCCUCGGGAAAAAGGGUGGGAAAGGAGUGGUUGCGGGGGAGAAAAGCGGUGCCCCAAUCGAAUCCGACGCCUGA